AUGGCUAGACAGCCACGUGCCCCACCCAAGGGAGAGCAAGCAAGGGAACACAGAGGCAACACCCCCCCAUCCAGGGGAAGCCCACAGGCCCAAGGCCACCAACCCCGGCACGACCUGAGCCCACAGCCACAGGGCCCCACCAACCCGAGACCCGCCCCGCCCCCCGGCGGGGAGCCCGCCAUGCACCAGAGAGGCCAGAGCCCCCCCAACCCUCGGCCCCAACGGGGCGGGCCACGGCCCACCAUGACGACCCAGCCCACCGCCCCCGGGCCAACCCAUACACCCCGUGGGGAAGACGGCGGGGGGCCACAGCAGCCCCCCACCCCCACACCAGCCAGGGGCAAAACCCCAGGGAGACCGGGGAGAGCAGGCCCCCAGCCCAGCCAGAAGCCAAACCCUUCACAGGCGCAGACAGUGUCCAGACCAUCCCAGAGCUACCCAAACCACCGGCAGGGCGACCACCACACAGCAGCAGGGUCCAAGCAACCACCCAGCCCAGUCCCGCACAGAGACGCCGACCACCAACCCAGAGCCACCGGCGACACCCCCGCAGCAGAAACUGUCAGCGCUGAUUUCUGA